GAUCCUCCUCGCGACAUCACUGACAUUUCGCAAAAAAACUACUGUUGCUUACACUACCUUGGGAAUUGCACUGGCUUUACAUUCUUUUGCAUUUUAUCAUUGGCAAAUAUUUCAGUGAUUUAAUUGUAUGUACUUUUAAAUCAUACUUUUCAGGUUAAGUUGUAUUGGGUUUGCGUGAAGAAUUUAGUAGUGUAGACUAGAAUGUAUUUUCACACCGUGUGCUUUUUAAGAACUGUAGUGCAUCUGAGUUGAGGAAUGAAAGAGGCACUUGCGUUUAAAAUAGUCGUUGAGGUCAUAUCUAUGUUUCUUGAAUGUAACUAUAUGUGCGGUCGAUAGACUACCCUGCUCGAUCUAUCGCCUAUAAGCAGACUUGGGGUGGUAAACGAGGCCUCGGGUAUCUUUCUGUCAAAGUAAAAUGCUUUGAAACUGAUAAAACAGUAUAGGUAGUUAUCUGGGCUCAGUGUCCGGUAUUUUGCUGCGAUAGGCGGUGUUAUGUGGCAUGCCAGCAUAUAGAGGGGGGAUUACUGCACGCGCCGCACUAACACCUGUAGCGGUGUCUAUAUUUAAGACAGUAAAACACACCCUCAGUCAUCAAAAUGCAGUCACCCUCUUGACCUUGAGAUUCCUUCACUUUAUCGCCUUGUAUAAUUGUUUUCUUUGUUUGUAAAACGCUUCAGUUUUCGAGGGCUUUGUUGGUUUCUCUUGCAGUUCGUUAAUUCGGGUUAGGAAUAGUUUUUGCCUAUGACAGUGCCUGAAACUAUUUAUAUUGGCUCGUAACAUAGUCACUGUCAAAAUACAAAAUGUUUAAAAAAUACUUAAUUUUGUGGAAAAAAUGAGACUCGGUGUUCGUCCAAGUAUGACACAUUUCCGUCUUUGGGGGAUUUUAGCCUUCGGCACUUAGCCUAACGUUUGUGUGAAGUCCUUGACGGGCGAUUUAAGAUACACAGAAGAUCACAUUGUAUUUUUCCACGUUAAAAACACGGCCAGGGGUGGCGUAAGCAACGAACGCAAUUUCAGUAUUAGCCCACUGAUAGAACUUUGAUCUAAAUUACCUUCUUGCUGACACUGUGGAUUACGCGAGGGUCGUUUCGGUGCGAGUUUACAGAGUUUAAAUUUUAUUUGAUGUGGGCCCUGAUCUAGAACGAAACACUGAACAUGGCAAUGUAGACUUAAAUAAAUUUUAUUAUACACAUUUCUACGAUACAAUUAUUAUAUCUAAACGUGUUCUAUAAGCUGUCGUUGCUCCAAAUAGAAAGUGCUAAUAAAUCUAAUGGGAUAUACCUAAUCCAAGUGCAGAAUUCAGAUAUAUUUAAAUAAACUUUUCCUAACAUCCGCGGGCAGUUUGGUGUUGGCAAAUAGUUUACACUGACGAUAGGCACAUUAUACUGCUAUUCAUAAAUAUAGAUUGAUAUCAUAAACAGCUUCUCCACUGAAAAUAAAUCAUUUUCUGGAAGGAAAUAGGCCGUUCGCUGUUUGUUUCGUUUGCGGCUUUUUUGCAGCCACUAUGGUAUAUAAUUCUGUUUAAGCAAAGCGGCGAGGAUAUUGGAUUUGGAUCAUGCCAUCUCCCAACAAACACUCCCAGAAAGUAAUAAUGAGUCCUGCAUGAGUUAACCGACAUUCGAUUCAGAAUUGUUUGGCCCGGCUUCAACAUUAUCGAGACUAGAAGUAAAAGCUUGAUCCAACUCUUUGAAUAUAAACCAAUAAUUUGUUCUGCGAAACUCUCCUAAUUGGCGAUAGAGGCAAUUUCGAGGCUUAAUCAAGAACAAGUAAAGUUACUCCGGGUUGUGGGGUUAUUUGCGCGUGGUACCUAAACCCUUAUCUUCGCGCUGCCUACGAUUCACUGGCUUGAUCUCAUCAUCUUAACAUCUCUCCGAUCUUAACAUAUAGGCUAACAUCAGUUGAACACCCUAACAUUUCCCUUAGUGAGACGGGAGAAUAGGCUACACUAAUUAAAAUAAGUCUACCACAACGAACCUCUUCUUGUUGAAGAAGUAUUAAAAAGGCAGAUGUUUUGCUUGAAUAGAAAAACAGUAUGCUUGUUCCAGUAAUUUGUGUAAAACGUUGACGAUGGUAAAAAUUCUAAGAAAUUUUAAAAAGAAAAGGGAAAAAAAUGAAUCGCUUCCAAAGAGAAUGGACUUGGAAUUAAUGCGCAUCAUAUACGGCGAUCUGGAUAAGAGCGUCUGCAAAAUGGCCACAUAUGAAGUAAUCAAGGUUGCAGCUGGAUCCUCGAAUUUCAUCGGGCUGACGCACGAGGCUCACGCGCGGGACGUGGAGCAGGUGUACCUGCGCUGCUCCCAGGGCUCGCUGGAGUGGCUGUACCCCACGGGCGCCAUCAUCGUCAACCUGCGGCCCAACACGGCCGCCCAGGCCGCCGGGCCGCUCAGCGUCUGCGUCAAGCCCGCGGCGGACUCGCGCGGCGCCAACGUCUACCUGGAGAAGGGCGGCCGGCUCCGGCUGCUGCUGCGCGAGCAGGACCAGGCGCCGGGCCGCCUGCACUGCUUCGGCCUCCAGGAGGGGGCGCUGUUCAUCGAGGCCGUCGCCCGCCGCGACAUCAGCCGCAAGAUCACCGCCUUCCAGUACGAGCUGUUCAGCGGCAGGCAGAGGCCCGAGCUGCACUCCCUGACGGCUCCCUGUCAGCCUUGCAAUGAUGCAGAGGUACUUCUCGCUGUGUGCACCAGUGAUUUUGCUGGGCAUGGCAGUAUCCAGGGGGUGGAGGAGGAGGCGGGGCAGUCGGCGGUUGCCGUGAGGUUGAGCCAGCUGUACAGGCAGAAGAGCAAGGUGUUCAGCUCGGCGGGGGGGCGGGCCAGGCGAUGGGUGGGGCGAGUGAAGACGCCCCUCCAGUGCGGCGUGAGGCCUGGGGAGGGCGAGUUCCUCUUUACCGGGACGGUACAUUUUGGGGAGGCAUGGCUGGGGUGCGCCCCGCGGUACAAGGACUUCCUGAAGCUGUACCAGGAGGCCGUGGCGCAGGGAACCAACCCCUGUCACAUAGACACAGAAUGAACCGCUAACCGGGCGGCUAACGCUGGAAACGCCAGGUCCCCGCCGUCCGCCUGCCCAGAUCGGGCAGGGGACGGGGAAGGGGCCAGAGCUGUCGGGAUGUGCUCCCUUGUCCCAUGGACAAAACCCUCCCUCCAAAAACCUUGCUGUCUUAACGCUCUGUUUGACAGAGGCCGAAGCUCUUAAAUGUUGCCUAGCAACGCAAUCAGCUGGACUGUUUUUUUUUGUGUUUGAGUUUCUCUCUCUCUCUCUGAAGCCAACAUCCAUUCCAAUCUGGAAUGUCUUAAGGCUACCCUUUUUUUUGGAAGAGGAACGCUGUCUUUGCCACCGAUAACUACGUUGACAUUGACAACCGUAGCGGUAGCACUCACCCAACUCCCCCCCCCCCCCCACUGUAGCAGCCGCUGGUGUGCGUGUGGAAGAACAUUGUAAAUGAGAAGUUGCCACUGCUUUGUAAAAAGCUUGAUGUACAGUGUGAAGUUGUUUCUUAUGACAGAAAUGGACAGUAUGCAGCUAAUACUGCUGUUUUGUUUUCAUGUUUUAUUUUGUUGUUAUUGGUGUUGUUUUUUUUUUGUUUGUUUUUUUUUUUAAGUGCAAUUGCAGUCUGUGAUUUUUCUUCAGGAGAAGAAUUGUGAAGAGAUAAAAGUUGUGUUUUCCAGAGAAUAAAGACAUCUUCCUGGAA